GGGGCGCCAGAGGAAAAACCCCACCCACCACUUUUUCCUGGAGAGCGGCAGGUGUCGCGCGGGAGGAAGUUUGGCCUUCGCGGUGCUCCGUCGUCUCGCGGGCUGCCCGGCAACCGGCGAGGAAACGGCUGGCGUCUGUGCAGCGGGCGCCACGGGACCCUCGGAGCCUGCUGGCGCGUGAGCGAGCUAAGGCCGGCGACCCUUCUUCGCGAACUUCCGGCGCCAAGCGCAGGAGUCAGAGAUGGCGCUCCCCACGUUGCCCUCAUAUUGGCCCAGUCGGAGACACACGACUCUUUACCAGCGGCAGCAACAGCAGGAAGACCAGUUUCGCCAGCGGUGGGAACAGAACAGCCGCUAUUUCAGGACUUGGGAUGUCCACAACUCCAAACAGACCGAAUGGAGCUCCAAGAUCUCCUACCAGCGGAGCAUGCACGCCUACCAUUGUGAGAAGAUGAAGGAGGAGAAGAGGAAGAAUCUGGAGAUCCGUCGGGAGAGGCUCAGGGAGCUUAUGCUGGAGGAGCAGGACUUGCUGGCCGCGGAGCUAGAUGAGCUGAAGCUGAGCAUGAGCCUGAGGGAACAAAGACUCCGGGAGCAGCACCAGGACCUGAAGUCAGCCCGAGAAGAGCAAAGGAAACUGAUUGCUGAACGACUUUUGUAUGAACACUGGAGGAAGAACAACCCUAAACUUCGAGAGCUUGAGUUGGACCUACACAAGAAGCAUGUGAUAAAUUCUUGGGCAACACAGAAAGAAGAAAAAAAACAGCAAGAAGCCACGGAGAAGCAGGAGAACAAACGGUUUGAGAACGAGUAUGCAGCAGCCCGCAGGGAAGCUGAGGCGAGGAUGAAAGCUGAGGAGGAGAGGAGGCAGCUGGAGGGGCGCCUGCAGGCCGAGGCACUGCACCAGCAGAUGGAGGAGCUGAAGCAGAAGGAGAUGGAGGCAACCAAACUGAAGAAGGAACAGGAAAAUCUGCUGAAGCAGCGCUGGGAGCUGGAGAGGCUGGAGGAAGAAAGGAAGCAGAUGGCAGCCCUCCGGCGUAAGACAGAGCUGGGGCGAUUCUUGAAACAUCAGUACAAUGCACAGCUCAACAGACGCACCCAGGAGAUCCGGGAGGAGCUGGAGGCAGAUGGGCGGAUCCUGCAGGCACUCCUGGAGAAGGAAGAUGAGCUACAGCAGGUUGAAGUGGCCAGGCGGGAGCAAGCCCGGGCCGAUGCAGCCUGGAUGAAGCAGGUCAUCGAGGAGCAGCUGCAGCUGGAGAAAGCUCGAGAAGCAGAGCUGCAGCAGCUGCUGAGGGAGGAGGCCAAGGAGAUGUGGGAGAAGAGAGAGGCAGAGUGGGCUCGAGAGCAGAUUGCUCGGGACAAAUUGAUGAGUGAGGUUCUGACUGGGAGGCAACAGCAGAUCCAAGAGAAGAUUGAACAGAACCGGCGAGCACAAGAGGAGAGCCUGAAACACAGGGAGAACCUCAUCAAGAGUCUCGAGGAGGGGAAGCAGUUAGCUCAGCGAGCCAAGGCAGACAGUGACGAGCUGAAGGCAGCCAGGAAGCAGGAGCUGGAAGCUCAGGUUGUGGAGCGCCAGGUCCAAGAAUGGGAAGCAGCCCGGCAGGAGGAGGAGGAAGAGGAAAAGGCCAAGCGGGCAGAAGAGCUCUCCAAUGCUCUGCUGCAGCAGGAGGCAAAGACCAUGGCAAAGGAGGGCUACCGGCCCAAGCCUCACGGACACCUCAGAAUUGCCUGGAACUGAUGUUGAGCACAGAGAAGAAAGCUGACUUGAUACCGCUGUAGACAGUUGUACAGUGUUGGUUCUGGCCAAAGCUCAUGGUGCUGCUGGCUAGUUGAGCCAUGCCUGUCAGGCACAUCGUGGUUCAUAGAUGUCAGGAUGCCAUGGGUGUGCAGUGCCCCCUGAGAGCUCUUCCUGUCUUCCUCACCCAGACAGGCCUUAUGGACUCACGUGUUCAGUGUUGCCAGAGAUCAUGCAAUGCUUUAUAAGUAGAUGUUAGAAUUACUCUAAGAAGAAGUCGUGUUCUAUGACAGGAUACACAGGUUCCUCUCGUCUCACCUGUUGCUGUCAGCUCAGGGAGGACCAGCCAGAGGGAAGAGGGAGCCAUUUAGGUUUUAAAAUUGCUGUUCAGAAGUUAUUCUAUUGGAGGCUCAUAGGUCUUGGUGUAGUUUUUGCCAGUUAUGAGCUGUGUAGCCCCAAGGACCACCUAUGUAUUGUGGAGAGCUGGCAGUCUGGAAGGACGGUGACAAAGGAGCCCUUGUUUGGAAGUGUUGUGAGAGCUACCCAUAGGGGCUGGGGUGCUCAGGGUGGUCCUCAGCCCAGCUCCACACCACCAAGAAGAAAAGAAUCCUACAGAACAUUUGAGCCCAACACAUGCCACCCCUCAAGAGUCCUCAAGGUCACUUGGUUGGCUAGCCUGAUAAAGAUAGAGGCUUGACUAGGGACCUCCUGAGUGUGGGGAAGGCCUGUGUGCAGCCCCAUAGGAAUUAAGUGCCCAGAGGAAUAUGUGGCCCUGGAGAAAUGGCAGGAGACUCAGAAUCACAGAUGAGCUGUGUCCCCACUGUUAGAUCCCAGUUCACCUCUGCAAGCGGCCAUGGGUCUUUGUAGCAACGGUCGAUUGUUAUGACUCGUAUCUUUCCUUCUGUAGCCUUCCUCUCACUUGCUUUCAUCCCUGUAUUCAAGAUUCUGCCCACUCUGGCUGGUUAUAGGGUGACUUCUCUGGUUGUGGGAACCCAGAGUUAGCCUGGGCUUAAGCACGGCAUCACUUCCCUUCUGCCAUGGAACCAGUUCUCCAUGUUUCAUUUCCUGCCGUGGUUCUUGAAUAUGGCCCCCACUGUUUGCAUUACACACUUGUGAGUACUCGCCCUUUUCAAGUGCUCACUAAUUAUGAAGUAAAGCUCUGUGUCUCAGUGUCA